CGUAGUGCCAGAGUGGUUAAUGGGUUAGACUUGAAUUACCUAAUUCAUGUCAUCUAAUGGCUUCGGCCUCGCAAGUUCGAAUCUUGUCUACGUCGUAACCGCUCUCUUUUUGCUUUAUGGUUCUACUUUCUCGUUCCUUCCCUUUCGGUCUUGCUAUCGCGUUUUAUUCUCUUGGUGCUACAUCAUCCAUCGUCAUCCAUCUUCUGUUUCUACAUCACACUCCUCUAUCUUAGGGAAGUAAUGAGCUGCCACCACCCACCUCGCGGAUUUAAUAUGAAAC